CAUUAACCGGGUCCUCAGUGCAGGCUGUAUGAGAAUAGCCCACUAACCGGGUCCUCAGUGCAGGCUGUAUAAGAAUAGCCCUUUAACCGGGCUCUCAGUGCAGGCUGUAUGGGAAUAGCCCAUUAACCGGGUCCUCAGUGCAGGCUGAAUGGGAAUAGCCCACUAACCGGGUCCUCAGUGCAGGCUGUAUAAGAAUAGCCCUUUAACCGGGCUCUCAGUGCAGGCUGUAUGGGAAUAGCCCACCAAUCAGGUUCUUAGUGCAGGCUGUAUGAGAAUAGCCCAUUAACCAGGUUCUUAGUGCAGGCUGUAUGAGAAUAGCCCACUAACCGGGGUCUUAGUGCAGGCUGUAUGGGAAUAGCCCAUUAACCAGGUUCUUAGUGCAUGCUGUAUGAGAAUAGCCCACUAACCGGGGUCUUAGUGCAGGCUGUAUGAGAAUAGCCCAUUAAUCAGGUUCUUAGUGCAGGCUGUAUGAGAAUAGCCCAUUAAUCAGGUUCUUAGUGCAGGCUGUAUGAGAAUAACCCAUUAAUCAGGUUCUUAGUGCAGGCUGUAUGGGAAUAGCCCAUUAAUCAGGUUCUUAGUGCAGGCUGUAUGAGAAUAGCCCAUUAACCAGGUUACCAGAGUUCAAGGAGUCCAUGGUCUGACUGACACAAUGGUUUGGUGCUCCAGGAUCCUGCUCAGGAAGUAUGGCAACUUCAUAGACAAUUUAAGAGUCCACGUGAAAGGUGGAACUGGUGGAAUGGGCCUUCCACGCUUGGGUGGCGAAGGUGGAAAAGGCGGGGAUGUAUGGUUGGUGGCAAGCAAGGAGGUUUCUUUAAAGAAAAUAAAGGACAAAUUCCCACAUAAACGAUUUGUGGGCGGUGUGGGCAACAAUAGUAGCGUCCGUGAACUGAGAGGUGAGCCAGGCACAGUGUGUGAGGUUGAAGUUCCUGCUGGUAUAACUAUUACAAAUGACAAUGGAGCCAAGAUUGGAGAGCUUGAUAAAGCUGGAGACCGGUUACUAGUUGCCAAAGGUGGCUACGGGGGCUCGUUCAGGACCAAUUUCACACCCUCCACAGGGCAGAAAAAAAUAAUCCGUCUGGACUUGAAACUCAUAGCAGACAUUGGACUAGUAGGGUUUCCAAAUGCUGGUAAAUCCUCCUUACUGAGCAAAAUUUCACAUGCCAAGCCUGAGAUUGCUGAUUAUGCAUUCACAACAGUGAAACCUGAACUUGGCAGAGUUAUUUACUCGGAUUACAAACAGAUUUCUAUAGCUGAUCUCCCAGGUUUAAUUGAAGGUGCACAUAUCAACAAAGGAAUGGGGCACAAAUUUCUCAAACACGUAGAGCGGACCAAACAGCUUCUUUUUGUGGUUGAUGUGCAAGGUUUCCAGCUGUCAUACAAAACACCGUAUCGAACAGCGUUUGAAACCAUCCAGUUGCUGACAUUGGAGCUGCAAUUAUAUAAGAAAGAGCUUCUAACCAAACCUGCCUUACUUGCUGUCAAUAAGAUGGACAUUCCAGAUGCUGAUGGCCAUUAUCAAGAACUGCUACAACAACUUGCAAAUCCGAACGAACAUCUACAUUCAUUGCCUGACGACCUCAUUCCAGAACGUCCAAUUGAAUUCAAAUAUGUUCUUCCUAUCUCUGCUGAAACUGGUCAAGGUAUAGAGGACCUUACGCAUUUUAUUCGGAAGUCAAUUGAUGAGCAGGCUGAACUGGAAAUUCUGGAUUCUGCGAAAGAGAAACUUCAGAGCCUUCAAACCAUGCCAUCUAGACCUAGGAAAAACAAACCAGCAUUGCGUCCAUGAUGUGCAGUAUUGUGAUAUAUACCGUGUAUACAAGUGUAAGUUAUUGUACAGAGUAACUAAAUUACAUUAAAACAGAACUUUUAAUA